AUGUCAGGUUGUCCUGGUUUUUCUCUUUUGGAACUGCUUACGAAAGAGUUAGAUUGUGUCGAGAUCCAAUCUUAUAUCAGAAUUCAGAAAGAAAGGAAAAAAUUCUUAGUGGUUCAAAGAUCAUUGCUACUUGUUAAGGAGCCUUCUCGAAUUAAAAACAUAUUGUUCUUGAUGGAUAAAGAUAAGUCUUCUAACCAAUGCCCUGGGAGUUUACUGCCUCCAUCAGGGAGGUUCUCUGUUUUUUCUCCUCCUGGUAGUGGUUAUAAUGCAAAGUCUGGGCAAAUGGGAUCGUCAAAUUUGCCUCCACUAGGCCCAGGGAGUUCAUCGGAGCAGGGUCAUUUUGGUCAAGGGUUGCAGUUAGAUGAUAUAAGCCAAAUGCCUGAUAACCCACCUAAGAAUCUUGGGCACCGACGUGCUCACUCAGAGAUUCUUACCCUUCCUGAUGAUAUUAGCUUUGAUAGCGAUCUUGGUGUUGUUGGAGAAUUUGAACCAUCAUUGUCCGAUGAGACACAAGAAGACCUGUUGUCAAUGUAUCUUGACAUAGAUAAGUUCAAUUCAACAUCUGGCAUUUCUGCAGUCCAAGUGGGUGAAUCAUCUAAUCCGACAGCGGCAAAGUCAGGUCCUUUAACCAACCCUUCAACCGAUAAUGUGGUUCUGGAUUUAAGUGAGAACCCAAGAGGUAGGCAUCAGCAUAGCCAAUCCAUGGAUGGGUCUAUGAAUCCAGAUAUGCUCAUGUCAGAUUUGGAAGAGCCGUCUCCUGCUGAGUCAAAGAAAGCGGUAUCUGCAGCUAAGCUUGCUGAGCUUGCUCUUGUUGAUCCAAAACGUGCUAAGAGGAUUUGGGCAAAUAGGCAAUCAGCUGCUCGUUCGAAAGAACGGAAGAUGAGAUAUAUUGCUGAUCUUGAAAGGAAAGUCCAAUCUCUGCAGACUGAAGCUACUACCUUGUCUGCACAGUUAACCAUGUUGCAGAGAGAUUCAAACAGUCUUACAAAUGAAAACAGUGAACUCAAAGUGCGAGUGCAAACAAUGGAACAACAAGUUCACUUGCAAGAUGCAUUAAAUGACGCGAUGAAAGAUGAGAUCCAGCAUCUGAAAGUGCUGACUGGUCAAGUAACGCCAAACAGUGGACCUAUGUUGACUUUCCCUGGCUCUGCAUCCUUUGGAUCCAACCAGCGGCAUUAUCCCAAUACUCAUGCUAUGCACACAAUGUUAACUGGUCAACAGUUACAGCAGCUCCAGAUUCGUUCUCAGAAGCAGCAGCAUCAGUUACAACAGCAUCAACUGCUUCAGCAGCAACAAGCUAGGGACUUGCAACUGAGAAGUUCGAUGCUCGCCCAUAUCCGAAAGGACCUCCCUCCAGAUGCGUCCUCAAGGGAUUAG